AUGACUUCGACCGUAGACAGUGUGAUCAAUGCUCUAGAGAUGGAUUCCUGUCCCGAUCCUCCGCGGACUGACAAUACAAGAAUUGCUGGUACUGCUGGUGGUUUUUCUGCGGCGGAUUCCUGUUCCAAUCGUGUGCGGAGUGACAAUACAAGAAUUGCCAGUGCUGCUGGUUUUAGCAUGAGUUAUCCAAAUGCUCAGUCAAAUAGGAAGGAUUCGCCAUUUUACUCGCUUUUGGAUGUGAGGCACAUACCACCACCACCACCACCUACAAUGCCGCAUAUUUGGCAAUAUCCGGAGUACCGAACCUUUGCCUCUAGGUAUGCAACGUUUCAAAACUGGCCAAAAUACUUAAGGGGACCCAGCAAAACAGACUUGGCGCGAGCAGGAUUCAUCUACACUCAGUAUGGCGAUAGAGUGACCUGUUUUUGUUGUGGAAUGACAUUGAGUGAAUGGGAACCAGUGGACGACGCCUAUCGAGAACAUCUACGCUGGUCCAGAUAUUGUCAUUUUGCUCAAACGGUGGGUAGCAUGUGUUUUCUUAAGAUCACAAAAAUGGCAUCGCCUAGCCCUAGCCCAUCUAAAUUAACAAGCCCAGCUAAAACUCCCAACCCUGCUAAGAAGCGACAGUCCAUGAUUGGAUACCAGACAGCAGAGGUGCCAGGAACCUCCACCAAGGAAAAUCCUCUGAGUCCCAUAAAUGACAAUAUCUAA